CUGACGGGUACAAGUGGGCCGUGUGCAAAAUGCUAGAAAUUGCGCCCUUACAAGUUUUCUGCUGUCACUUAGUGGACUAGUUGGAAGGUUUAAGUGUUGGGGGUUCUAGUUUGUUCACUUCCUUGUACUAGGCCUGUUUUAUUCUAUCACAUCAUACAACAGAUAGCUCAUCAUAAUGCCUUUCAAACCUGUUGAACAGCCAAAAUGCCCAAAAUGUAGCAAAUCCGUUUAUGCUGCCGAAGAGAUGUUGGCAGCUGGCCAAAAAUGGCAUAAGAAUUGCUUCAAAUGUGGCCUUUGUCACAAGAGUUUGGAUAGCACAAAUGCCACAGAACACGGUGGAGAACUUUACUGCAAACAGUGCUACGGUAGGAAGUUCGGACCCAAGGGCUAUGGUUUCGGACAGGGGGCGGGAACUUUGAGUAUGGAUACAGGUGCACAUUUAGGAAACACUGCAACAGCAAUGAGCAACAAACCGACUGAUCCCAACUACGGUUAAAACCCUGGAAUUCUAUUUUUGUCCACUAGAGAGCACGUGCUUGAAGGAGACAAUAGAAGAUGACGAUCGAUCGAGGGGACAAUAUAUUAUUAAUAUUAUAAGUCUUUGUUUAAAUGUUUUUCAUCAUUUAUCUCAAUUUAUGUGAUAAGUUACAUCGAAACGAAUUUGUAAACAAAACACAUGCAACCCAAUCAAUUAGCGUGCAGUAUUGCAUAAUAAAAGAUAUACAUUUACAUAUUUAAGUAAGUCAAUUAAAAUAUUUUAAUUACUGAUAA